GAAAACAUGGCAAAAGCAAUGGCAAGUAACGAGGAAAUACUGAUGUGUCCUAUUUGUUUGGAUCUACUGAAAACCCCGGCUACAAUUCCUUGUGGACACAGUUACUGUAUGGACUGCAUCACUGAGUGUUGGAAUCAACUAGAUCAGAAGGGCGUCUACAGCUGUCCCAAGUGCAGAGAGACUUUCUGCCCAAGGCCUGCUCUAAAGAAGACGACCAUCGUCGCUGAACUCGUGGAGAAGGUCAGUAAGGCCACAAUCAAAGAUGAUCCCGCGGGAAUAGAAGAUGUUGAAUGUGACAUCUGCAUUGGGAAAAAGUCCAAAGCGGUGAGAUCCUGUCUGGAUUGUCUGCUGUCCUACUGUAAAACUCAUCUCAAAGCUCACAAUGACCUCCACCCAGGAAGAAAACACUCAAUUGUUGAUGCUACGGCAAAAUUACAUGAGAGAAAAUGCUCCCGUCAUGGGAAAGUGUCUGAAAUAUUUUGUCGCACCGACCAAAGUCUUAUUUGCUAUCUGUGCACGAUGGACGAACACAGAGGCCACGACACCGUGACUGCUGUGGCUGAAUGGACUGAAAAACAGAAGCAGUUGGGUCAUAGUAAGCUGACUUUCCAGCAGCGAAUCCAGAGGACAGAGAAGGAUAGUUCUGCACAGACUGCAGUGGACGAGAGCGAGAAUAUGUUUGAUGAGAUGAUCCGCUCCAUCAACAGAAGACGCUCUGAGGCCAUAAAAGAGAUCAGGACUGAGGAGAAGGCUGAGGUGAGUCGGGCUGAGGGACUUGUGAAGAAGCUGGAGCAGGAGAUUGCAGAACUGAAGAGGAGAGAAGCUGAGCUGGAGAAACUUUCUCACACAGAAGAUUACAUCCAUAUUCUUAAGGUGAUCACCACUACAUUUAGUUCUGCGACAUGUGGAACAGUCAGACAAGGGAGAUCAAAGGUCUGA